AUGUCGGAUCAAAAGACGACAAACACUCAAACGAUUGUAAUUAUAUCGUCCUUAAUACUGCUAAUCGUCGCACUUGGAUUACAAGCUGGAGGGGUUAUUUCGCCUAGUUGGCAAGUUGUAGAUAUUCGCGAGUUCCGUGCUACUCAUUUUCACGGGUUAUGGCUUGACUGCACUCGACCGCAGCUUCACUUGUUAUCAAAAAGCCAACGAGUGGACGAUUUACCAUUGCAUUGCACAUAUAAGUUUGAUUACUCUGCUAGCGAAAUUAUUGACGAAAACAUUCAAGAUAUUGAUCAAAAUAGCGCUGCUGGAGAGAGCGAGCAUCAUCAAUUCUAUGGAUGGCACAAAUUCACCCUUGGAUUUAUGUUAACUGCGCUGGUUUUGGCUUGUGUCUCUUUGCUUUGCGGAAUAUGCGCUCCGUGCAACUCUGCUUUAGCUGUUAUCUACGCAAUUCUUGUAGCCUUGACAGUCUUCACUUCAAUCUGUGGCGAUGCAAUUUUCUUUUUUGCUGCUCAUAGAGUUGACAGCCGUUUCGUUCAGGGACUAGUCGGAACUUAUGAACAAAUGAUUGGAAUGGCUUUCUACCUUCACAUCCUGGGAACACUGAUCUCUUUCCUCGCUUUUAUCAUGGCUGCAAUUUCUGCCUAUCAAUUGUUGCAAAAUAGCGAAAACGAACGGACAAUGCCGAUGCGUGAACUAGCUCCACUUCAUGAAGCUCGAUUUGCCAGAGUUUAA